AUUAAAUCGGAUUUAUGGAAAUAUUGAAUAUAAUAUGUAGAAUAAUAAAUAAAAUCAACCAUGCCCUAAAUCACUAAGAGGUAAAAUUUAAAUGUAUUCUUAGCGAAGGAAAGCACAAUAACUAAGCAUUCAGAAGCAUUUAGCAUAGGAGAAUCGAGAUUACUAGAUCCCAAGGAUAAUUUAGAAUUGCAAGUUCUCCGAUAUCCACAUCCUCAUAUGUAUCAAACUACCGGUGUUCAGCUUAUGCCGAGCUUUUCAAACUUCUUAUUUAGCAAUCAAUUCAAUACAACCAUUGCUGAUCAAUUAUUACAGUCUUAAAUGAUACCCCAAAGCAAUGCUUUCUAGGCUAUGCCUUUGAAGAGUUUGGCCGUUGACGGAAUGCGAAUAGUUAGUGAAAUUGAUAUUUUAAUGUUGAGACACUAUUAUCAAUUACGAGAAUAGGUAAAAGUUCUAUAAAUAUUUAGAUUUUUAACAAACACAAUUAAACAACAGCGAAAAGAAUGGAUAACAAUUCCAAUCAAGUCGAUUGGAUCAAAGGAAGAUUCUAAUAUCGAUUUAAAGAUAAGAUCAGUAAAAUGAUGUGUAAAUUGGUGGAUGAAGUUAAAUCACUCUUAAAUAAUAAGACUGAAGAUGAUCAAUAAAUUAAUAUUGAGAAAUUAAGAUUUUUACCAGAAGAACUAAUCUAACUUGAUAAAGAACUUAAGGAAAAGAAAGAAGAUUCAUCUGAAUAUUUGGAUCCAUAUGAGGUCUGUAGAAGGAUUUCUAAACUUAUAGAGAUGUAUUUUAGGAGUUCUGAUUAGUGAUUUAUGUAUGUUCCCAC